AUGAGUGAGAAAAGAUUCGAAUUUUUGACAAAUUGUCUUCGAUUUGAUGAUCGUUCGACCAGAGCUGAAAGAAGACAACAUAGUAAAUUGGCACCAAUAAAAGAACUGUUCGAUCACAUUGUUGAAACUUCAAAAAGUCUUUAUUCACCUUCAGAUUGCACAACGAUUGACGAGCAAUUACUUGGGUUUCGCGGUAGAUGCCCAUUCCGUAUUUAUAUUCCAUCAAAACCCGAUAAAUAUGGAAUAAAACUGUUAAUGUUUUGUGAUGCAAAAUCGUAUUAUAUGAUAAAUAGUAUAAUAUACACUGGAAAAGAUUCUACACCACGUGAAUUACCAGUGACUGAGUAUUACGCAUUGGAGCUUUCAACUUCUAUUCAUGGGUCUAAUAGAAAUAUCACGUACGAUAACUGGUUUACUUCAAUCCCUGCUGCCGAAAAACUCUUAACCAAAAAUGUUACAACAGUUGGAACAAUGAAAAAAAACAAAACAGAAAUCCCUACUCAUUUUUUGGAAACCAAAAACCGCCUCAAGAACACAUCAAUGUUUGCUUUUCAUGACGAACUUACUUUGUUAUCAUAUAUGCCUCCAAAGCUAAGUAAAGGAAAAAAGAAAAACGUGAUUAUGCUUUCUACUAUGCACUAUCAACCAGACGAAGACAAAUCUGUUGAUUUACCAGAAAUAAUAAGUUUUUAUCGGGUGUCUCAGUAA